AUGGCCGCUUGGGAAAGGGUUAAAGCGAAUAAGGGGUCUUAUGGAGUGGACGAAGAGUCAAUCGAACAUUUCGAAAAGAAUCUAAAGGACAACCUGUACAAAGUGUGGAAUCGGCUGUCCUCAGGGUCGUAUUUUUCCCCAGCUGUAAGAGCUGUGAAGAUCGCUAAAUCUGGGGGACAGCGACAACAAAAGCGUUUAUUGGGUAUUCCUACUAUUUCCGAUCGCGUGGCCCAAGGUAUAGCAAAGCUAUACUUAGAGCCAUUAGUGGAGCGGAAAUUCCAUGAGAACUCCUAUGGAUAUCGUCCAAGGAAAUCUGCAGUGGAUGCCGUAGGUGUGGCAAGAAAACGUUGCUGGCAGUAUAAUUGGGUUAUAGACCUAGAUAUUAAAGGGUUCUUUGACAAUCUAAAUCAUAAUCUGAUGAUGAAAGCUGUUCGGGUUCACACCAAAGAAAAGUGGAUUUAUCUCUACGUGGAGAGGUGGUUAAAUGCCCCUCUUCAACUGGAAGAUGGAACGCUUGUACAGCGCAAGAAAGGUACUCCUCAAGGAGGCUUAUGCAAAGCUUUGCAUAAGCCUCCUUAUGCGAAGAAAGUACUUAUGCAAA